UCAGUUAUUUUGGAUGAUCACUCCAGAUACCACCAGUCAUGGGACUGGCUUACAACUUAUGAACUGACGACUGGAAGUGGGGUAAGUUUUAUAUCUGUGUUUAUUGGUAUGUGUUUUCCGUUUCCUGUAUUUACUUGAAUAAGUGCUGCAUUACUUAAUAAAAACUCUACGUCUCAAAUGCGCCCCUUAUUCGAUGGCGGAGUUUAUUGAAAAGUUGGACACAAAAAAUUAUGUUUGUAUUGAGGGACUGGUCAAAAAGCAUAAGGGGGGGGGGGUGGACCGGAGCAUUUGGAAAUGUGGUUGAUAAAAAACACAUGACCCACCCCCUCCCUUAAGCACAAAAAUGACUGACCCACCCCUAAAUGAAGGUUGGAAAUUACAUGACCCACCCCCUAGUUAAAACAUGGGUGAUUGGUUUCCUCUUAAUAAUCCAAUAAAACCUUGUUCUGUGCUUGACAAAAUUUGUUGAUACACUGCUACAGCCAAUAUCAAAAUCACAGAAAUCAUACCUUUCACUGAAAAGACAAAUGUGAAAAACCGAACAUUUCUUGCUUUGAUGGACGUUAUGAGUCUUGACACAUGCAAAUAUACAGCAAAACGAGGGUAUAUUGAAAUUGUCUGUCACAAAGCAUAUGAAAAUUUCUACAAAGACAACCCAUUCCUACACAUUACUUGCUGGAAAUGCUUAGAUUAAUCGAUCCUCAAAGAAAAUUUCUUCCACUUCAAUGGCAAGGACUACUUACAAAACCAUGGAACUGCAAUGGGCACAAAGACAGUAGAUUUGAUUCCUUUACCAAUAUUUUCAUGACAUACAUUGAAACAACAACUCUAAGCAAAACUGUCUUUAGAACAACAGUUUGGAAAUGCUACAUGCACGAUAUCUUUUCCCUAUGGGACAUGAGUAAACCAGACAUCGAAGCCUUCUUUGAACAAGCAAACUUACAUCACCCAACUACUGAAUUCACGGCCGAAACAUUUGACACUGAGACUGCGUUUUCAGACACGGUUGUAUACAAAGGCACAAGAUUCAAGGAAAAAUCUAUUCUUGAUGCAAAGACACAUUUAAACAAACGGAAACCUUCUUGCACACACAUUUCACCUCGUGUCACCCUCCAAAUGUUAAAAAAGGACUUGUCAAAGGAGAAACCUUGUCAGAGAAUCCUACGAAAAAACUCCUCAGAAACAACCUUUGAGGAAAAUAAUUCAAAUUAAACAAAAAAAAAAAAACGCUUGAUGGACGGAGGCUACCGACAAUCUUUGAUAGAAAACCUAAUACCAGAAAUAAAAUUCACAAAAGGGAGUUUAACCUCCUAAAACAAAGCAACAAGGAGGAAAAAGAAAUAUUGCCAUUCGUGACACAAUACCAGCCCUCAGCGUCUACUAUAAAGGAAGCUUGAAUGAAAAAAUGGAAUCAUAUACAAAACCAACUAUAACUUUAAUAAAUUUUUAAAGAACCACCAAUCAUUUCCUUACAAAAAAGGAAAAUCAUUAAAGGACAUGCUUGUUAGAGCCAAAAAAAAAAGGUCAACAGAGGGUUCCACGCCCGUAUAGAUGUGCGGCCUGCCAACCUUUGUAUUUUCUCGCACAACAGGUUUGUGAGUAUUUUAGCAGUAAUUACAGCUGGCUGUGUUUUAUAUAACAAGUGUAGUCAACUGUCUCAUUAGUAGUUAGUACCUAUCUAUGUAAUAAAAUAGGGUGACCAACCCCCUAAAAUUAGCCGAAAAUUGCACGACCCACCCCUUGCACAAGGCUCAAAACCUCAUGACACACCCACUCUCUGCUCCGGCCCACCCCCCCCCCACCUCCCUACACUUUUUGACCAGUCCCUAAAGUAACUGAAUCAACGUUGUUUGAUGAAUGUGAUUAUGGGUGCUUUUUAUGGGAAAACCCAAAUCCGGAUUUUCGAAUCCAAAAAGGGAUUUUUCACUUUUGGGGGACAAAUCUAAAAACGGACAAUGAACCAAUAAAAUCCACACCCAGGGUGGGUUCUUCGGAUCACAUACAAAUCUGGGUUUUUGAGAUUCACAACCUUAGCGUUUUUUGGGGGGGAAAGGAUUUCAAAAAAGUAUUUUUGACAAGCGGUUUUUCGAAAAAAAAAAAAAAAUGGUACGCAACAGAUGUCGUACAUAUAUGACAUUCUAACUGAACCUAUAUAUGUUGGUGGCGCCUUAACUUUUAGCCAUUGGUUACAUGACAUAACGUAGGCUGCGUUAAACCGCCUAACUCUGUCAUGCCUUUUGUACGAAUGUAAUGUCUGCUUACUUAAACUGAUUAUCGGUUUCAGUUUUAAAUUCUUAUAAUUUUACAUUUCUAAAGAGUUUACUAUCCGAUAAAACGUUUUUUGUUUCAAACGAAAUAUAUACAUUUGGUAUAUUUCAUACGUAGUUUAUGUUGCUUUUCCUUCUUGUCUUUGCUGCGAGGAUCGAUUUGUUGUUUUUUUCCUCUAUUUUUCUCAUCACGAGGAGCACGAGGACAUGCCUCUGUCGUGGUAAAUGAUUUUUUUUUUCGUUUUUUUUGGUAGUGAAGAAUCCAUAUGAUCUGGGAUCACAAAUCCGUUUUUGGAUUCUCCCAAAAAACGUACCGAUAAUUAUUUCGAGGUUGCCGCGCUUAUUAGGGCACUUAUUUGCAAUUUUUGGUCCCAAAUGCUGCGGUUAUUCAAAGAAAUAAAUAAAUAGGUUAUUUAUUUAUUAUUUACUUAUUUAUUUUACUUUGUUUGUUUAAGUGGAGUCGUAGUUCGCAGACAGGCGAGUAUUUGGUUUGUGAUCUCCAAGAAACCGCAACAAAAAGUACGAACAGCUGGUUGAUAUCAAACUUUAUCGACCUACAAGGCGCUAUAUCUGUGACAGUUUAUGUGGAAUUUACUGCAAGGGAAUGCGAUCUGCAAUCAUUACCUUUCUGUAAACAAUCCUUCAACUUACAUUAUUACCAGACAGACAGCAUAGUCCCAUCUGGAGUGCAAAAGUCAACUAUUCUUACAGGACACUUCUCUCUAGCGUCUCAAAUUAGAGCACUGAAUGUUUGGUCAUCAGGUCAAGCCAGAAUCUAUAACAACGCAACGGCCCAAUUUAGUGUCCAGACCAGGGGAAUUUAUUUGGGAUUUCAGGAUACUGGUGGCUGUAUUGCUCUUGGUAAAGUUCGAGUCUCUUAUAACGUAUGCCCCGCCCAGAUAAUUGGAGGGGCAAGUUAUAGCCGAACCCCUUCUCCUCCUCUUGGUGGUGCUCUAAAGGUGUAUGGAAACUGUGGGGUGAACUCAGCAAGUCUGCGCAAUUCAACAUCGUUGUAUAUAGAAUGUCUUAGCAACGGAAGCUGGAGAAAACCUGAGAAUGAAGCGAAGUGCUUCUGUAAACCUGGCUAUCAAAUUACUUCUCAGGGUUGCCAAGGUAAGUCUACUUGAAUUGUAUCUAAAGAACAUGGAGAAUGGCCCAGGGUUUACGGACUGACUGAUUGCUCUAAUUAACAUAGUCGCCCUACCACGCUUUAACACUCAAACAAAUAAGAAACAAGGAAACUUGUAUGGAGUUCUUGUCUAGUUCACAAGCUGAAACAGCUGCUGGAAGGCAAAACAUGUUAGUAAAUUAGUGAAUAACGUCAAUUUUGCGAUCAGUAGAGCGGGAGUGACAGAGACUGAAAUUUACAAUUUGAACAUUUACAUUUUUCUUUUUUCAAUACGCAUUGAUGUUUUUCAAAGAACUCCUUGUAGUAAUGUGUUUUUUCAGUAAACAUUAAGUGCUAUGUUGGCACCUUUAGCGGCAAAUUCAAAUACAUGCCCCGUAUAUUGGGUAUUGGAGUUCCAUUUCAAGAGACUCUUUGGGAUGUCUCCUGCUUUGGUUUGCAACUUAAAUACGGGUUCUUAAAUGGUGUUUGAAUUCGGCUUUCGUAUCAUAUGAAGAAUUAUGAAGAUCUCGGAGGGUGUUAUCUGCCUCGGCCCACGGCCUUGACGGAUAACACCCUCCUCGAUCUCCAUAAUUCUUCAUAAGAUACUCAGCCUCAUUCAUUAAUUUUAAAUAAAUAAAUAAUGAUUUGGAGGUAGCAAAUCCACAAAGUGGUUCUUCGUCUACCUGACGUCGCUAUAUGUAUUUCUUAUAGCUUGCCCUCCCGGUACUUACAAGCAAGUGCUUAGUAAUUCGGUGUGCACUGCGUGUCCAGAGAACAGCAAUUCUGACCAUUCCAAACAGAAUUGUGUCUGUAACUCAGGUUAUUACAGAGGACCAAAAGAUAACAAGGAUGGCAAAUGCUCAGGUAUGCUGUAACUUUCAGUUUGGGACACUGGCGUCAUACUAAAAGACUUUUAGCUACUCGGAUACUUCAUGUUACAUAGGCUCGCGUCAUGCGUUGAUAGCAAGGGGUAAAUAGUUAUGGCUAUUUUUUUUUGGAGGUCAAUGUUAGAAUAAUGUAAAAGAUAAUACCCGUGCGCUGAUUCGGCAGGGAAGUGUUCUUGCAAAACACAGCUGUGGCGUCACCAUGCUUUGCUUUGUAUUGACGCGUAGAUCACGUGAUGACGAACUUGAUAAAAAAUUAAUAGUUAUGACGACGAUGAAUGAUAAUAACGAUAAACAAAAAAAAAAAAUGAGAAAAGUUUCGAGCUUAAAUCUCUACUAGUUUGUGUUAUUUGCCCAUGUCUUUAAAGUCAGUUAUAAUUUAUACUGACAAUAUUAAUUGUAUUUAGUCUUAUAGAAAUACUGCUUGUUUAAAAAAGUGAAUAUCUUGUAAAUUUUGUCAACCCAAUGUAACUUAUUUUGCUGGUAAUUUAAAUAAAUAAAUAAAUAAAAAAAUAAAUAAAGUUACUAGUAUUAAAAAAAUAUAUAAGUAUAAUGGGAAGAGGCAACGGGGACGGAUUUCCUCAAAGAGAUUUUAAAACGGACAGAUGCAUAAAACAUUAGCUGUUUUUAUGUUAAUUAUUCUCUCAAUGUUUAAUCCUGUGUAGCACCCCCUACUGCACCAAGAAACUUGUCAGUUAUAUUUCAAGAUCUGUCAGUAAUUGUAGUGGCUUGGAUGCCACCAUCAGAUAGCGGAGGACGAUCAGAUGUGGUAUAUGACAUCACUUGCUUUCAGUGCGAUUCAAAUGGAAACUGUAACAACAGACAGCCUUGCGAUGGCAGAAUGCAAUACUGGCCAAAAAAAGAAAACAACAAAUUGACUCACGUGACCUUGACCGGCCUUCAGCCAAACACGUCGUACGUUUUAAGAGUUGCCGCAGAAAAUGGUGUGAGUUACUUAUAUGGACCGAACUCCAAUAGAAUUGUAGAGAUUCAGUUUGGAACGAAAAUUUCAGGUAAGGAUAGGAAAGUCUGUCUGUUUGUUUGUUUGUUUAUUCAUUUAUUUAUUUAUUUAUUUAUUUAUUUAUUCAUUCAUUCAUUCAUUUUUGGUUGGGGGGGGGGCGAAGAGGGACGUUAGUUCGUUUAUUUAUACGCAUAUCUCUUCAUUAGCAUUAUAUUUCGAGCUAUUUAAUGGUGGAAAAAAAAAAUAAGAACUCGAACCCUCCUGUACCCGGAAGACCAUUCACCAGAAAACUGUACCAUCCUUGCUCCUGCGUUAUUCUUCUUGUCCUGAUUUUAAGAAAUGCAAAGACUUUUUUGUUUGCUCGUUUUAAUCAUCAAAAGUGGUAAUUCUGUAGAUAUAAAGAUUCCUAUUGGACAUAAUAAAUGAAAUCUUUUGCAGCCAAAAUGAUUCUAGAUAAAACUUAUGUUGACGAUGCCACGGCCGUUCUCACAUGGCGAACGGUUGACAAUCCGCACAAGUUUUCAAGUUAUGAUCGCUACGAAAUAAUGUGCUUCAAAUGCGAAGAUGGAGGAGACAAUAUACAACACCAAUGUAUGCAAACCUGCGGCAGUGACAUUCGUUAUUGGCCUGGAAGAGAGGGUCUUAAAGACAAUCACGUGACUGUGUCGGAGUUGCAGCCAUCAACACUUUAUAAAUUUGUGUUGUAUGUAUGGAAUUCUCAGACUGCAUUGGCAUCAGUGCUAGUUCAAACCAGCGCCGCAUCAAAAGCCGCCACUCAAGGUAAGGCCAUUGGGAGGCUGUGGUCCUUGAUUGUAUUUGUACAUCGUAUUAACCCUGGAACGUACAAAGUCCCCUAAGGGUUUUUCUCAUUUUUUUCCUAGACGAUAAAACAUCAGCUUCGGCAGUUUUCUGUAGUUAUUCGUUUAUUCCUCGUGCGCAUUUUGAGACAGGUUUAGUGAUGGUCAGUUACUAUGUUUACGAGAUAUGACGUCAUAAGUAGCAGGUGGUCAAGCCAUUUAUGAAUGAAAAUGCAUGUUAUUUUCAACUUCUUUCUGGAAAAAAGUAAAGCUUGUGACUAGAAUGAUGCAAAGUAAUUAUUUAUGUUAUUUUUCAUGUUAAGCGCAAACAUUUAUUAAUUCUCACUGUUUCAACCUAAUCUCAAAAUCUUUGCGACCAUGUUUGGUGACGUCAGAGACUUCCAGCAGCGCACCACCCAUGCAAUAUACCUCAUCUUGUAGAGAAGAUCAAAGGCUUUCGACUGAAGGCAAAAUCAUUUCGAAAUAUUGCAGCAUAUCAAAAAAACCCAGGGGGGGGGAGCACCAACCCCCCCUUUUGUACCACGGUGGGGGUAUGAAUUUGCAUGUACGUCGGAUGGUUAAAUUAUAGUGCUGCUCAUUAGAUUCAAGGACAAGGUUGACUACAAGGCCGAGAUUUUUUGAUAGACUUUCAAAAAAGUCCUUUGAGGUCGACCUCUCGCGACUUCUCCGCUUGCAGCCUAACAAACUCGCUCCGCUUGCUAAAGAAACUUGUGAAGUUAGCUUUCCUCCUCGCGUAGUCGUCCUUGCCCUUGAACACAAAGGUCUCAUCAUUGGACUGCAUUGCACAUUGUUUAAGGCUGGAAUAAAUGCAAAACCCUCAUCAAUAGAUCUGAUUCACCCUCUCAUCUGGUCUCUUCUCAGAAAAGACCGGCUUGGCAGACUUAUUUACUCCACUGACGAUCGUUGCUAUGGCAAUAAGUGUAACGGCGUUUGUGGAUGCCUCCAUUUUUCUUUUGGUGUCCUUUCACAAGUGGCAGCAGUGGAAGAAAACUGCACUGACAGACACUAUUGCAUUAAACUAAUUUCGCACUGAUUGAAUUGGGGAUUUAAAGGUUGAAAUGACAUUUUUUACUUUUUUCGUGUACAGAAAAUAAAAAAAAAAGGCAAAAAACAGAAACAAAAACAAAAAAAGAAAACGUACAAAAUGGGCAGGAAAAAUAUGGCGGGGAAAAAACUCGUGCUUAUGCACAUUUGGGGCAAAACUUCAAAAAUAUUAAAAUUUCUUCAAAUUUUAGUUUGAAAUCGCUUUGAAAGGUUAUUUAGAUAAAUUUCUUACCUGAAUCAGUUUACAUUUGUCUAAAGAAGCUUUAAACGCUUACGCAAAAUACAAUUUACAAUCGGUUACGAACUUUUGAAACACGCUGUAGAAGAUUCGAUAUUCCCUGUAGUCAUCUUAAAGUUUCCAGUUUAGCAGUUACGUUCUUAAAGGGGGAUAUAACAAUAUUGUAAUAAGAAUUAAUUACAUGGUGGCGUUAAUGGUAUAAUAAAUGAGGCAUAAUAAUUAUUAUUAUGGUUGACGUCGUCUUCGUUGCCUUAUUCAUUGACAUCAUCAUAAUCAUGAUCAUUUUCACCGUCUUCUUCUUUUUAGUCCUUUCCAUUCAUCAUCAUCACCAUCAUCAUCAUCAUCAUCAUCACCAUCGUCGUCAUCGUCAUCAUCAUCAUCGCGUCCGCCUUCGUUGUCGUCAUUAUUUAUUACGAAGAGCUUAAGAAACAACGAAGACGACGGCGGUGAAAACAUCACUAAAAAAUUAAUUUUCGUCCUUUUAAACUUUAUCGAGUCAUUUUGGAAUCGCUCAAUUCGUCAAAUGUAGACGAAUUUUCCUGGAGUUGAAUUCUUUAGGGCUUUAUCCAUGUUCAAAUAGAGAAAGGAGGGAGGUUUCACGUCGUAGUCGUACAGUGGACGUCAAAGAAAUGUACUAAAAAGCGUGAUGAACUUGCAGGGCAGUUGUUUUGCUAAUAAAACCAAUUUUUUUUUUGACGUUGUCGUUGUCAUCGUCAUCGUCGUCGUAGUCGUAGUUGCUUAAGCUUCCUAAUUUUCUCCCCUACCCGUUCCUCGCGCAUCCAUCGGGUUUCAAACAGGUGCCCAUCACAUGCACUCCUGGUUUCAAAGGGUAGAAACUCACUGUUGUUCACUUUUCAGAGCGACAAGCGCGAUUUUUCACCGUUCCGAUGAUCCUGGCAAUCGUGUUGGCAGGAAUACUGUUCGUUUCUGCAGUCUUUAUACUGUUGGUGACAUUUCACCUCAAGAGACGUUGGUACAACAUAGCAAGGAAAGGAGCGGAGAAAGACAGCCCAAUUGGCAAAACAUAUUCUGCUGAAAAUACUGAAGAUACCAUAAUCAUGGAAGAAAUUUUGCAAGACUAUGGACAUUCUAUAACGAAUGGAAAUAGAACUGAUUAG